AUGAUUUUACGAUCAUUGCAUGUGUGGCAUUCUCCAUACGGAGUUCUUACCACAAGCCCAAAUUAUGAACAAAACUACAUGGAAAAAGAUUUGGGUAAAGUAGUACUUUAUACCACCAGUAUGGGAAUCAUACGUGACACCUAUGCCAAAUGUUCAAAUGUUAAGCAAAUACUGCGAACGCUGCUGGUGAAAUUCGAGGAACGUGAUGUAUUUAUGAGCGUAGAAUAUCAGCAAGAAAUAAAAGAGCGCAUGCACUCGGAAGCGAUUAAAGUACCUCAACUUUUUGUGGAAGGGCAACACAUCGGGGAUGCUGAAACAGUUGAACGCCUCAACGAAUCUGGUGAAUUGCGUCAGUUACUGAAGCCAUAUAAGUCAAUCGCAACAACGUACACAUGUCAAACGUGCGGAGGAUAUCGCCUUUUGCCAUGCCCCUCAUGCAACGGCUCCAAGAAAUCCGUACAUCGAAAUCAUUUUACCGCCGAGUUCGUAGCAUUGAAGUGCAUGAACUGUGAUGAAGUCGGUUUAGUGAAGUGUCACAACUGUUAAGCCAAGUCAAAAUUACAAUUAGAUACAGUAUCGAAAUUCUUAAUUUAUAAUUUUAAUAAUCCCUUUAUUUGUAUCUAUUUUGAUACUUGAAUUUUACAAAUUAAUUAACUAUAAAAAUUAUUGUAUUGUAUUUGGUAAUAAAAUAGUCUU